AUGUCUUCUUUGGUCUCCGAGUUCAUCAUCAACCCGGUCCUCCGGCAAGCACGCCGCUUUUCUGAGAUUUCGAGAACCACUCUCGUCCCCGAACCCGACGCUUCUUCCUCCGACAACCUUGCGGUUGCCAGCGACUCGGAAGCCCCCGCCCCUCGGCAUGCGACCGAUGCGCCUGCGGUGACUCCUCCGGACCGACCUCUCAGCGCAGAUACUCUAUCGCCGACCGUCGAAGCCGAGCUGCCCCCGUCCGAACCAGCACGUGCGCCCCCGGAAUCCUUCCCCAUCACCGUCCCGAUGCAGGUCCCCAAGCGUGAGGCCUUGCCGGCCGACGAUGGCAUGGGCGCAUUGCGAAAGCGCCUUAUCGAAAUCCAAGGCCAGGAGAUACGGGGGGAGGAAAAGGCGAGGCUCAUGCACGAGGUGCUGAUGGAGGGCUACCGCAAGUCCCGUGUUACUCCCCAACAAGGCGACCCGCCUGUGGAUGCUCUGCCGGCCGGCGAAGCGUGGCAACAAACACUCCCAUCGGGACCCCUGGAGUCCCUGAAGUUCUGGCAGCAUCCUCCAGGGGAGCCAUCCUCCCCGGAAAAGUUUGUGUUGACGGCAGAAGAUGUCAGACCAACCUACGCCCCAGCAAAGCCUACGAUUCCUGGAGAGGUUGAGGGCGCAAGGGUUCUGGGCUGCCAGCACUACAAGCGCAACAUCAAGCUGCAAUGCUCGACUUGCAACAAGUGGUACACAUGGAUCCUUGACCCUUCGUCAACAAUCGCCACUGACGGGACUGCCACCGGCACUACCAUUGGAAGGCGCCGACAUUCCUCACACGCCUCAAAUGAGGCACAGGCACGGUUCUUGGUGCUAGAUCGCUUGGCAAGAUCAGCCUCUCCAGCGCCUACACCCGGUCUACCACCGAGUCUCACACGAAACCCUUUGCAUGGCGCGAUCGAGGAGGAGGAAUCAGACAACGAUAUACUGAACCUUUGGGGUCGGUUUCAACGUAGGUCUGAAGAAGACAGCGAUUCCAUGUCUACCGACUUGGAGGAAGAGGACGAUGAGUAUGAUGAGGAAGAUGACGACGAUGACGAUGACAAUGACUUCAUGCUCAUUGGUCACCGUUGA